AAGGAAUCAUCUGAGGCAAGAAAGAAAAUCUCUGAGAACGUCCGGGUAGGUGUCAGAAAGGAUUAGAGUAGCGGAUUGGGGUCACGAAAAGAAUUAGACCUAGAUAGACUGGGAAGGCAGGGGACCCAUGUCGCAUGUGCUCUCAACCAGCGCCACUUGGAGAAUGACAGCCUCGUCCGUCCGGCAUUGAUUUGGAUGUGAUGAUAUCUUUUGUGUCACACGGUUUCGGGGACAUUUAAAUCUUCAAGUCAUUCACGCUCUCUGAGCAGAAAUGGUGGACCUUGGUAAAAUGGUCUGUAACAAAUUGAUCAAUUGAUUAGCGUGCACGUCUUUGCACUUCCAAAGUUUGGCUCCGUGCUGUAACCUGCUUGCACGGCAUCUGCGUGCACCUGCAUUCGAAUGCCAUUGAUACAACCCGAAUUCAAUCAUGGCGACCACAGCUGUGGAUGUUAAGGAGCUCGCAAACUCCUACGUCUUUGUAGCGGACAUGCCUGGUCUUAAGCAUUCGGAUAUCAAGGUGCAAGUGGAGAAUGACAACGUGCUGAAGAUAAGUGGGGAGCGGAGGCGAGAGGAUGCAGUGCAAGAUGGAGAGGUCAAGUACGUGAGGGUGGAACGCAGUGCCGGCAAGUUCAUGCGCAAGUUCAAUUUGCCGACGAAUGCAAAUUUGGACCAAAUCUCUGCAGGCUGCCAAGAUGGCCUGCUAACGAUCGUUGUGCCGAAGAUGCCACCGCCCGACAUCUACAGACCCCGGACGUUCGACGUUAACGUCACUUCGGGCAACUUAGGACAGUGAGACUAAACAUCAGAAUUCGGCAGAAAAAUAUGCAAUGUUAGGCAUAUCGGUCUGAUGAGCUCAGAGUCAAAACGUCAUAAAAUGUAUGACUACAGACUCGUCACAUUUACAAUUGUUGAAUGUUCACUGUUUCUUCACCUCCGAAAUUGCAGCGAAGUCUCAGUAACACCUACAUUUAACUCGACGUGCACUUCGUUUCGAUGAUGCAUACAAGCUUCUGUAGGGGAAGGGAGGGGGAAGAGCCGAAGUAGAAACGACAUCUUUUAAUCAGAUCUGCAAUUAUGGUAUUUAAAAAGCUUAAUAUGGUGCACCGCAAAAUUCUACAAUAAGGCUUCUGCUUUUAUGUCA